GCCAGUUAUCUGUUGGCUCCGGUCGGCGGCGGCGGAGACGCGCGACUCGCACCACCCGAGCAGGGCAGUUACGUCGCCGUCUCGUCCGGCACGAGCAGGCUGCAGCCGUGACACGUGCCGCCCGUCUCGUGGCACGUGACGCCCGUCUCCGCCGGCCGGAGGGUCGCCAUGGCCCAGCAAGGGGACGGCGGAGGCGGCAGUCCUCCAGCGGCGGCGCCUCAGCCGACUUCACCGGUCGACUACCCGGCCCUGCUCCGGCUGUUCCAGUGUCCAGUGUGCAACGACUACCUGCGUCCCCCCAUCCCCCAGUGCAAGAAGGGCCACACGAUGUGUGAAAAGUGCCGCCCGGCCGUGAAGGGCAUCUGCCCGCUCUGCAAGCAGGCCGUGGCCAACCAGACUAACAUCAUGAUGGAGAAGAUGUGCGCCCUCAUCAAGUUCCCCUGUGGCCACGCCGGAAAGGGCUGCGCGGAGCUGGUGCCGCUGCGCGAGAAGCCACACCACGAAGCUGUCUGCGACUUCCGGCCAAUCCACUGCGAGUACGCCCGCAACGGGUGCGGCACCGUGCUCUGCCUGCUGGAGAUGCCCGGCCACGUGCGCCAGUGUCACUUCCGACCCCACUGAGUGUAGUCGCGGC